CACGUUCCCGAAGGGUGUCGGUCAUCACAACACCCCAAGCGUUCGAUUUGUUCGGCACAAUUUUAACGUUCAGGCCAACCAAGAAACAUCUGCGAGAACACGAAUACCUGCCCCUACCCGGAGGAAAUUAGCCACCAUUCGACCGUUUUUUGUUGAAAGUGUAACGUUUCUACCUCUACUCAUCGAACAAAAUGCGUAAGCUACGUGGUGGCCAAACGAAGGAAACCCGCAAGCAGCGCCAGGAAAGGCGAGAAGAAGUUUUGAAAAUUCGUGAGCAAAUGAAAACCAUCGUCCUGCCGACGGUUGGUGUGCUUUUCCUGUGCAUAGUCGUGUACGUGUACCUCAAGAGUCGUCCCCAGUACGAGGAGCUGUAGGUGGAAAGACUCCAGCGCCGGCUGGUAAACCGGUUUUACCCCGUUGGAUCCAGUUCCAACAGGCACUGAGGAAGCGAGAGAGGGAGUUGGGCUUGACCGGAUCGGAUACGUCUUCGAUUCCCCGUCCACGGCACACCCGCGCGUAUAUCCACCGAAACGGAUGGAAGAUGUAUUUAUAUUUACAACCAGUUCUAUUUUACAACAUUUUUGUGCAAUGUUAUUAUGCAGAGUCCACCGCUGUGCGGGCGGCACGCAGCGUGUAAUCGUUCAUUUUACUAUCGUACACUAAGCAAAUGUAUUUCAACCGUUUCUAU